ACCGGACGUCAUUCUAACUCCUUUUGACACGUGCACCGUUUCUCUCUCUCUCAACAUCUUUCUCACUCUAAUGAUUCUUCUCUCAUUCAUUCCCAUAACAUCAUAGCGGUUCCGCAGCACAAAACAUCUCACUACCAAACCACCCGUCUCCGGCGUUUCCAUCGCAAAGCGUACAUGUUUUUCAGUGCAAUCUCAAAGUUUCUUAAUGAUAUUGUUGCGACUGUGAAUGGAAGCGGCGUUCAGUGUAUACCAAUUGACGCGUGAUUCUAGAAACUUCGAUCCCUUCGCCAUGGCUACCGAUUCUAUUGAAAAUUCAUUCAUAUCCAUUAAUCCUGCCGAGCUACGUUUCCAAUUUGAGUUGGAGAAGCAAACAUUUUGCGAUCUUAAAGUUUUCAAUAAGACAGAGAACUUCGUUGCUUUUAAGGUGAAGACUACUUCACCUAAGAAGUACUUUGUUCGGCCUAACACUGGUGUUAUACACUCAUGGGACUCUUGCAUCAUCAGAGUCACCCUCCAAGCCCAACAAGAAUAUCCUCCUGACAUGCAAAGCAAAGAUAAGUUUCUCAUACAAACUACACCUCUGGAUCCAAACACUGAUGUUGAUGAUCUUCCACCAGAUACUUUUAAUAAGAAUAGUGGAAAGUUAACAGAAGAAUUGAAACUAAAAGUUGUAUAUGUCUCUCCUACCUCACCUGGAGGAAGCACUAGAGAUAAUACAGUGAAGAAAUCCGCACAAAAAAUUGAUACUUAUUCGAGUCAAAGCUUGCAACAACUGAAGGAGGAAAGAGAUGCUGCUGUCAGACAAACGCGGCAACUGCAACAGGAACUGGACAUGGUGAAAAGGAGAAGAAGUAGAAGUGAUCCGGGUUUCUCCUUCACUUUUGCUAUGUUUGUGGGCUUUAUUGGAGUCUUGUUUGGUUUGCUUUUGAAACUUUCAUUGUCUUCACCACCUACACAAUGAUUUCAUACUCUUCAGAACCUUUGGAUGCCACCCUUUAAUUUUUAAUAUUUAUUACUGUAAAGUUGUUUUUUC